AUGAUCAGUUGGAGCAACCGGGGGCAGGGCUCUUGCCCGAAUUGCGCGACGGUGUAUUUUAACCGCUCGAAACCAGUACAAUGCAGCAAUUGCGGCUACCAUUUGGGAGGUUCAGCCGCGGCCAAGAUGCCAAAAUUGUCUUGCCCGGUGGCAGUCCACAUUCAUGGUGGACUGUACUCUGUGCGAACAAGCACCAGGGACGAUAGAUGUUUCGUUUACAAAGAAUGCGACAACUGGAUAUGCCUACACUCAAAAUGCAAGGACAUCCGUGCCAUGUAUGUAUCAAGCAACCGGUCAGAUGAAUUUUCUUGCCAGCACCUAAAGCACGUGGCAGAGAGCGUGGAAGCCAGUGGCAUUUUUUCUCUCUCCGAAGACAAAAUAUCUUCUUACCCGUGCGAUUCUGCUACAAAAGAAAUGCUGAAGAACGUGGUUGUCCCCGCAGUUCAUCAGGCUGUGUAUAAAGUCUCUGACCGUACUUUUGUUGUUUAUUGUCCACCAAGUGCCACUAACACUCUUGGCUUUUGCCACGUGAAGGCUGAGGAUGGCAAGAAUUGAAAAUACCACAAGUGUUGCUGUAAAGGCUUUCUUGCGAAGGGAAAGCAGGAGAAAUCUCGGGCCAUUUGUGACCAUCUUCAUGUCCUUUUUUGCUGCACAGAGCUGCACAAUACUGUUAAUUCUUCAACAACAGUACUAUCAAAUUCAGCAGCUGCUCCUGCAGCUGCUCCUUCCUCUGAAUCUACAUCUUCAUUAAGCGAAGACCCUCAGCAUGCCGUUUCAACUUCACCAGCUGCUCCUUCCUCCUCCGAAUCUAUCUCUCCACUAAGUGAAGACCCUCAACAACCCGUUUCAAGGGCAUCUACGUUGCAACUGUAUGCAAACGAGAAGUUGCCAUACCGUUACUCAACGCAAUUCCUUAAUCUGGUCAGCCGCAAAGAUGCUGCAACUCAUCUUUCUUGUUCUGGGCAGGGUUGGCCAUCCAUAUUUGAGGUAGCUGAUGCAUCCUGUCGACUCUGUGGAAAUCCUUUGGGUCAAUCCAAGGUUCACUCUGGUUCGAGAGGAGGCAGUGUGUUGUACAGCAAUUUGAACCCCUUUAAAAAGGUGGUUGUCAGAGUAAAAGAAUGCAGCUCGUCUUUGUGUAAGGCGAUGCAUCGUGUUUUUCCAACUGAGGAAGGUUAGUUAUUUAAAUAUGUACCGGUAUAUGCUUCAUAUGUUAUCACAGGCUUCCCAAGCUCACUUACGAGUGUUUUUCCUUCUCACAAGACUAUCGGUGGGUGUCCAAUUAUUUUUCCAAACCAACUCUUGGAGGCCUGUUGAAACACAUGAUAGUUAUUCAUGGAAACAUUUGAAGCCAAAAAGUGUUCAAUUUUUAAUUAGGAUCAGGUCAUAACCUUUUUAGUUCCUCCACUGGUGAGGGGAAAAAAUGACAGUUCAGUGCUUAAUUUGCCAAUGUUUAGGAUCCUUUUACUCAUAACUUCUCUAUAAUGAUUAUUUCAAUUCAUGAGUUCUCUUUGUUGGCUUAACUGUCACCUUGAGCAAUCCCUACAAAAAUUUGGGCUCGAUCAGUGUUCAAUCAAUAAUAAAUAUAUUUUUGCUUUUCUAGGGCUCUUCAAUGUUAGUGAUAAGAUUCUCAUUUCCUUUGACAUACUUCUGGAGUGGAGAGAGCUAUUUAGAAGAGGUUGUCCAGUAUUAAACUUCAUUGAAGCCAAAACAGAUCUUCUUGUCAUGAAACUUAACAAGGUAGAUGUAAUAAACUAUUGUGGCAUAUGAAAUGACUUAAUAUUAGAAUCUGACUUAAGGUUAUCAAACUUUUAAUAGAUAGAUCUCAAGAUAAUAACUCUUUAAUGCUCAUAUUACACUAAAAGUAUUAUUUGAAUUGAUCAAUCAAUACCUAUAAAACUUCAGAAACAUCCAGUGAAUGAUUAAUUAUUAAUUAUUUAAUUUGAUUUUGGUUUAUAGGAUCAAUGCCCAACCAUGGAGAAGAUCAGGUAUUACAAUGAGUUGUUAUACAAUGGGUUCUGGUGCUUUGAGAUGAUGACUGAAAGGAACUUGUCUGAAGCUGUUUGUGGGAUAUGCGGUGUAAUUGGAGAGGUGUAUUUGGGUGACGGAAAUGAAAAGAAUUGCUGUAGUAAUUGAAAGGUAGAGUGUACACAUGUGUUCAGAUAUAUUUACGUGUAAUAUUAUUUGUAUGGCCAGGAACUUGUUUUAAGCUUUAAUAAAGUAUAUCAACAUUUUGGAUUUUCACACAAAUGCGUAAAAUCACGUGUCAUAAUGUCAGAUGUCAGUUGCUGUGCAGAUAAUUAAUCUUCAUAGGCCACGUGCAAUGACAUAAAAUGUCGUCCUUGUUAGUAUUUUGUAUAUAAAGAAUACUAAUGAGGAUGAAAUUUUGAAAUAGAGAAUCUUAAUGAUGCAAGGUAAAAUUUGCUUCUCACUCUCCCAAGACUGAACUCAAAUGCAGCCCCCAGGCUUUUUUGUUUGACAGUGUUUUACCAAUGAUGGAUUUAAGCAGACGUGAUAGGUUGUUGAGCUCAUGAACUACUUACGAUUUUUUAACAUUGUCUUAUAUUUGUAUGCAGUGUUAUGUCUUUAAUUUAUAAUCUAUCAUUAAUUUUGCUCUUUUAUUUGAUUUGAAUUUUGCUAUGGUUUGCCAGAUUGUAUAUCCCAGUGAUGGUGUUCCACUUAAGGAAAUGAUGGGCCUAGAAGAUUUUCUCCAAAAACUCAAGUUGCAUCUCAUGGAGAAAGUAAUUUACACCAAGGCCAACAAUGAUUUGAUUAUUAACAGUGAAGAACUGCCACCGGUUAUUGCCCCAGUCCUCCGUGGCUCAGUGGUGUACAACUCGGAGAAUGACAAGAAAAGUGUUUUCUUGAAGAACUCUGUGGCAUCAGGUAACUACACUGUACUGUAGGUCGCACGCAGGACUUUUACAUUUCAGUGAAAAAAGAUUUUGGGUACUCUUUAGAAUGUAGCUUUUGAAAUGCAGACAAUGAUCGGCUGAAAUUAGGGUGAGAAUUAAGAAUGAAAAAAGCUAUAGAUCUUGCAUUUAGUUAGGGCAUUUACAAGCACAAUUCAAUGCUGCAACUACAUAUAAUAUUAUAUUAAGUUAACUAUUACGGUACGCCAAUACGGCUUAAAUCAUCAUAUUUAAUUUGUACCUUUUUUUGUUUUUUUUUACUCUUUCGCCGACUUAGUUUUGGUUUUGGAACCUUUUUGUGGUUCUCCUUUUCUAUCUUCUGACAAAUUUUGUUGGUUUUUAGAAUGUUAUGGCAUACUAUGGUACUAUUAAGAAUAUUCUGGACUGUUCAGUAUAGUAAAUUAUUGAUGUGUUUGCAUGCUUUCCUAAUUAACAUGUCAAUUUUAUCAUUACUUCUAGGUGACCCUGCAAUCCUUCAUAAGGAAAUCAAAGAAAAGAACUUGAACAUGGCCAGAAUUCAGGAUUGUGCUGUUGAUGAAUUAAAGGAGUUGUGUUCCCAUUGCAACAUUCCUGUAUCUGGCAAGUCCAAGGUAAUACCUUUGAAGUUCAUUUGUGCUGAGCACUAAAAUGUUCUUGAGAAAUAGUAUUGUACAUGUAUUUUAAAGUACAUCAGUACGACUGAUUCUUUCAUCAUGGUAGGUUUCCAUCCAAACAGCUGUAAAUGUUAGUCCUUUUUUGAAUAAAUCUGUACUUAUAGCAUCUUACUUGUACUUUCAUUUAUUUGUUGUGGUAAUUUCAUUAUUUUUUUUGCACUGUAUACGUUACAUGUUCUGUCAUUUUCCCUAGGUAAAAUUGUGCACGGAUCUUCAAGCUCUUUACAGUUCCAUGCUUGUUGGAUUGUGUCCCUGCCAUGGUUUCACUAAAGUACCUGGACAUAGAGUACUAAAGUGAUGACGUCAUAAAAAUGAAAUUUCUGAAAUUAUGGGAUUUGUCAAGAUAUUCUGAAAGAACAAUGUCCAAGAGGCCUACUUGCCAAAAAUGAGGUAAAGCCCCGUUUAACAGACCGAGAUCGUAGCCCAGUUAUACUCAGAAAUCUCCAUACAAACCCUUCUAAUUUUUUUUUGGGUCGACCCAAAAAAAAUUUAGAAGGGUUUGUAUGGAGUUUUGUAAGCAUUACUGGGCUACGAUCUCAGAAACAAUUUGCCCCCAAAUGCUCAUUUUUGGCAAGUAGGCCUCUUGGACAUUGUUCUUUCAGAAUAUCCUGACAAAUCCCAUAAUUUCGGAAAUUUCAUUUUUAUGACGUCACACUUUAGUACUAUAUACUGGAGGGUUUUACCAUCUGGUUUGCCGUCACGGUGUAAGUGUAUAUUAUGUGCUGUCUUUUUGGUCUCUUUUUAAAGGAUGUUGAACAGUUCUAUUCCAUUUCUUCUUCAGUGUACAGUUGCCUCCAAGUUUUUAACCCUUACGGAGUCCGUACGUGAUGCCGCAGAUUUAUAUAUGUCCCUGAAGUAUCCACCAAUUGUUUUCAUUUGUGAUUCUCCAUGUGGAAUGGUGCGUCAUCUUGAAUGUAGAGCGCCAGAUCUAUGUGAAGCACUUUGGAGAGAAAAUUCAGGAUGUUUUGAAAAACCUGAGUAUGCCAAGAAACCUGCAGAGGUAUGUAUUAGAGGAGAGGUAUUGUGUAACUAACUCAUGUUAUGGUUCUUUUGAGUUGACCUGUAUUUAUCAUAACAUGUAUCUUGUGCCAAAUGGAGACAAUGAAGGCCUGAAAGUGCCAAACUUCGGAUAAUCACCCUGUUAGAGGUGCAGAAAUCACUUAAAUAUCUGUCGUGAAAUAAACACCUUUGACUGUUAAUAUCCCUCUAUUCUCGAAUUUCAUCGUUGUUUAUUUGUUUAUCUUGGCAUAAAGGAUUCUGCAGUUAUACAAAAGCAACAUGUUGUUUUCAUCCCUUGAAUUGAAUAGUCCCUCCCAUUUGACAUAUAGCAACAAUUGCAAACUGGAGUGCUAUGUUUGAUAAUAAACCAUAUUAUUUUCCAGGAAGUUGAUUGCCCUUUUAUUGUGCCAGCCGAGUACCGUUCCAGUUAUGUUCCAGAGGUUUCUGAUGAUCUUGGUGAAAUGGAGCAUCCAGUUUCACGUUGCUCUCAAAGAUUUAUCUUGGGGGACAGAUUCCACAAUUCCACCAAGCCACAUAAGUCACCUCUUUGCUUGUUUCACAAUAUUGAUCUGUGCAAACAGAGCACUACCAUUAAAACAAGCUACCAAGAGUCAGAAAAUUUUAGAAAGAAUAUGAAGCGUCUGCGCAGCUCCACUCUUCAAGGCUUUGGACUUCAUUUUUGUUUUAAUUUCCUGAUGGACUACUACCAGAAUGAGGCAAUUGUGAUGCAGCAAGAAUGCCGUUUGUCCAAGCAACUAAAAGAGGGUCAGCAGUUAGUGAGAGACAAAUACCAUAGAUUUACUGUAGUGAACAAUGUUCCUUCAUAA